AUGUCGAGGAUUACCUCUAUCGAUCGUUGUCAUUGCUGGAAUUCUUGGCAAGAGGACCCGACCCAUGAUAAUUGGAAGAAAAUUGAGGAAAAUUUGAACUCAUUCUUUGGUACGGUUUCUGAACAGUGUCAAUCAAUUCUUUCAUUGAGCUACAGUUACUUGCCCCAAAAUUUGAAGGCUUGUUUUCUCUAUGUUGGAGGUUUUCCUGAAGGUAUGGAGACUAAUGUUUCCAAGUUGAUUAGGCUAUGGAUAGCUGAGCAGUUCAUAAAAGCAAGAAGGGCUAAUGGUAGGAUGAGAACUUGCAAAAUACACGAUCUUCUUCGUCAGCUGUGCAUAAUAGAAGCUCACAAUGAAAAUGUUGUGCACGCCAUGAAUGCAAAUGUCCCCAUGUUCUCAGAAGCCAUAAAUGAUCAACGACGAGUAAUUGUUCCAUUUGAUAUUAAAGAGAAGCAUUUCAAGCUGCUUAAGGUGUUGGACGUAUAUAAUGUCCGUUGCGAUUUCUCAUGUGUAAUACCUAAACUUAUACAUUUGAGAUAUGUUGCUGCAAACAUUGACGAAGCUCCUUCACUUGCCAAAUUAUGGAAUCUACAAACCAUAAUUCUUUGUAAUUUUGCAAGCAAAGACUUGCAUCUCCCACAAGAGAUCUGGACAAUGUCAGAGAUAAGACAUCUAGAUAUUAGAUGGUCAAUACAUAUGCCUAAUUCUCUUGCGACAGAAAGUUAUAAUAGUAUUGAAGAACAACCUUUGUUUCUCAAUAACUUGCAAACACUUGUGCUAUGUUCCUCUCCUUAUUUGGCGGAAAUCCUAAGAAGAACUCCCUAUCUAAAUAAGCUAACGAUUUUAGAUGAAUCUAGACACCCUGACUGUCCUGCUAUUCUUGAUCCUCUCAGUCUUCUACAGGAGUUGGAGACACUAACUAUAGAAGCAGAUUUAGGCAGUGACCUGAUGAUUCUCUCUCGGGAUAUUUUCCCUCCUAAUCUCAAGCAAUUGAAAUUGUCGUAUGCUACUUUACAAUGGGAAGAUAUGGUUGUGCUGGCUAAUUUACCCAAUCUUGAGGUGCUCAAAGCAUAUUCUGCAUUCGAGGGAACAAAUUGGAAACUAAAUGAAGAUGUUGUGUUUCAAAAACUAAAAUAUCUACGACUUCAGUACGGAGGUCUGGAAAGGUGGGAAGCAACUAAUGAUAAUUUUUCGAUGCUUGAGCAACUACUCCUGUAUGGGUUCCGGAAGCUGGAGGAGAUUCCUCAGAGCAUUGGAGAUAUAAUGAUACUAAAAUUGAUCCAAAUAGAACGUUGCAGCGCUGCAGCAGUCACUAGUGCAAAGAAAAUUCAGCAAGAGCAAGAAAGCUGGGGAAAUUAUGGGCUUCAAGGUGUCCGAGUCUCUAAGAGCCCCGACUAA